CGCCGUAGCUCCACCGUUGUUGAUUUUAGCGCCGCCGACGACGUCGUUGACAACAGACGUGAGAGAACAGAAAGCGCAUCGAACGCGAAGGCGCACAGGUGCGGCUCUGCGCGACCGGCUCACACGUUCAUCCACGCGCUCUCAUCAUGGAUUACCGGUGUGCCCUCGAGUACAUGAUCGUGGGCUUGGGCUACAUUUGGUGUUCAACAUUAUCACACCUGCGUGGAAUCCCGCUAUGGGGCAUGCCAGCCUCGUACGUUUUGAUCCUCCUCGGACUUUACCACCAACAGAGGAAAACGCCAGCCGAGCACCGAACUCGACCCGGAGCGGAUCGCGGUCUGUGGAUGAUAACUUGCUUCCCGUUUGCCAUCUAUGCGAGUGGCAGUCAAGUAUACCACGGAGAUAACUUCCGUCUCGUAGAAAUCGUUACCGGUCACACGUUGUGUCUAUCUCUCACGACGGCUUGUUACGCUCCGUCUUCAAUUCGCGUAAUUAUUUCGGCUGCCGUGACGACGCUCCUGCUGACCGCAUACCUGACAUCGUACUCCGUUAUCAAUUCAUUUCUAGCCUCGAUUGUCUGCUCCACGGUAUUCUGUUACUUGCGCGACAAGCUCAAGAUCCACGCAGCCACAUCGUUCACCGACGGAGAGCUGAUCAUAUUGGUUCAGGCGAUAUCGGUUUUUUGUACGUCGUCGAGCAUCUGUUUCCUGUCGACAAUCCAAGUCUCGAAAAUAGCCUCGUUCCUCCAAGCAGGACUCUUUUCCCUGUGCAUCCUCAUCUUCAUCCUUUACCGCAUCUCCUCGACGAGAUCGAGCGUGGUGACGUUCAUCAUCACAGUGACCGCCGUCUGCGGCUUUCUUCUCUAUCCGCUCCUGUACUGGUCACUGCGGGGGGAACCGAUCCAUUUCAUCACUAGUUUCCUCGCGGCCUCGGGUCGUAGGAUCGCUCUGAUUGGUUUCUGGUUUGGUCUGUGCGUGGUGGCUGUCAUAUUCGCGAUGUACUCGAACAGAUUCACCUCGAAGAAAACCUCGCGAAUCGCCAUAAGAAAAGUGUUCCACUUGUUCAUUAUCGCGGUGUUUACAACGGGCGCUUGCUUCGAUCCCGAUCUGACUUAUCUGGCAUCGGGAUCGAUGCUCGGCGUUAUGGUCGUCGUGGAAAUAAUCCGAGUUCUACAAAUCGAUCCGUUGGGUUCUUCGAUCCAGAAGAUUUUCGAUGCGUUCCUCGACGAAAAAGACCAAGGACCACUUGUUGUAUCUCACAUAUACCUCUUACUGGGAUGUUCCCUGCCGUUCCUUCUCUAUCCCGGCGAAGACUACUCGAGGGAUGGGGUCACGCUCACCCUUCUGACAGGAGUCACCAUCCUCGGCGUUGGCGACACGGUCGCUGCUGUAUUCGGAGCUCGAUACGGUCGGACACGUUGGCCGAAUUCGAAGAAGACGCUAGAGGGGACCUUGGCGGCGAUCGUCGCGCAAUUAGCCUUCUGCAUGUUUUUCGCGCCGGUGACCGCGGAUAUCGUGUUCUUCGCUAAGCUCUCUGUAAUACUCGUUCUAUCCUCGUGCUUGGAGGCUACAACGGAACAGAAUGACAAUCUUGCCGUUCCUCUAUUCGCCCUGCCGCUAUUCAUCGCCCUUCUGUAGAAGCCUGACUCAAUUCUGAGCGUGCUUGCCCGGUCGCUCCGGGACAUCGAAAUACUCGGCAUGGGCUCGCGGGACCGUCCCUCAUGAUCCCGCGAAUCCUAGCAGCGGCGUGAGAAGAAUUUCUACGAGAAUAUUUGACACCAGAAGGAACUUCUGAAUUCUAGUCAAAUGCGCCUAAAGAUAGUCAGUCCGAUGAUUCAACGAAUUCCCAACAGGAGCACGGCCACCCACAAAUAUGCGCCGAGAACAAAAGCUGUCUUCAUCAUGAAAUCUCUCGGUCUUGUAACGAGCCGAGUAUUUUCAUGGGGGAGCUCAUCCGUGCCGAUGAGAGAACUGUUCCGCGCACACACGCAAAAGAAACAGUAGAAGUUAAAGUUCCCAGCUGCUCAUGUGCUUGCGAUCACAAGAUUUUGUAUGUAUAUAUCAUAUUAUAUAUAAUAAUAUGUGUCUCGAGCUCGAGAUAGUAGGAUUUUCAAGCUGAUGUAUACCUGGCAAGGUGAUAGCUGUAGAUGAUUCGAUAUAGGAGGAAUGAAUUCGGUCUUGGCGACGCGACUGAAAUUAACUCGCGGAUCCAUAUGUCGCCUCGGAGCGUGGGGACCUCCAGCCACACGAGGGAGACAGUUGCCAAUAAAGAAGUGGCUUG